GUUGCUGUCGAAGCGGGAGGCCGAAGUAGGAAGUCGAAUGUGGGACUUUGCGCCGCGGAUGCAAAGGCUUCUUGCUUUCGCAAAUAUCAAGUCAUGUGGUGUGUAAAUGGUCGCCGUGGGUAAUGCUGCAUUCGAGAUAGCUUAUUCGUGAUGCACCUGUCCAGUUGCGGAAUCUGGGUGAGGGUUCGUGGACGGGGGGUGCACCGCAAAGGUAUUAUCCACGCCUGCUGCAGGACGUAUGUGGAGGACGAAACGACGAAAUUCGAAUGUGACGGGACGAGCAGAAAACCAGAAGGGCGACGGUCGCAGACGCGUGCGAAACAACAAAGUAGAGGGCGAAGGAGUGAAUUGCGUGUUUUAUUUUCCCGUAGGAGACGCGCGAAAGUUGGAGUAGAACGGAGUGAAGUGGUCGGGCUUAUGAGAAAAAGUCGAGGAUCGAGUUUCUUGGUGGUGGUGGUGGUGAUGGUGCUGCUGCUGCUCGGAUGGAAAGGGAGAGGAGAGUUUUUUUGUUCCCUGUCUCGCUCGCGAACGCCUCUUAGCAGCCAGAGCCAGAGCAAGGACCUUUUUUUGCCCGGGAUUGCCUAGCUGGGGUAACCUAACGAUCGUUGACGACUCUGGAAAAUGCGGAACUGCGCGUGGAAGUUUGCACUCGAAUCCCCGGCAGUCGACGAGCUGAGGAGGAUUGGCAGCAAAAACAACAGAUGGCAGCACAGCGACCCACGAACGAAGCAGAUGAGGAACAG